AUGGCUUCUCUUCCUCUUCUCAACCUCACACUCGUUCUCUUACUAUGCAUUGCCCUAAGCCCCAACCUUGGUGUUUAUGGGCAGAUCGAGGAGGCAAGCUUGAAGCUGAUGUCGGAUGCUUUAGAGUGGCCAACGACAAUGUCGUUUUACGAGGACGUAGAUGAAGAGAGGGAGGAAGAGAUGGAGAGUGGUUAUAGUCGUAGAUCUUUGUUCUGGCGGAGAAUGAAGUAUUACAUAUCGUACGGUGCUCUUUCUGCGAACAGGAUCCCGUGUCCACCUCGUUCUGGAAGAUCUUACUACACUCACAACUGCUUCCAAGCCAGAGGCCCCGUUCACCCUUACUCCAGAGGAUGCUCCGUCAUCACGCGCUGCAGGAGAUGA